CCUUAUAGGUCACAUAAUAUAGACCUUAAUCCAGUUUCUAAGUAGAUCUACACCACCGAUUUUGACUCUCCUGUCUCUUCUUUUGGGGUAUGCUAUUCUCUUGGAGCAAGGUGUUCUCAGCCAGGUACUUCUCUGUUUCACAUUGGAGUUGUGAGAGGGACAGUCUGAUUCUCUUACAGAUUUAAAAAGAUCUAUUAUUUGAUGCAUUUUCCAUUUCAAAAGGAACAUAAUGUAUAGGCCCCAUAUAGACCUACUCUUAACCUGAGGUUGGGCAGAAAUUGCAGUGACUGUCUUCAAGUACCUAUUUCUUGUUAGUAUCUCCACUGCCAUGCCAUUUAGUACUCAAAAGGGAGAAACAGAUGUCCUCUGAUAACAUGACACCAAAGAAUUGCAAAAUUAUAAGUAUUUCAUAGUAGGAAUAGACCAGAUUUUCAAUGUGAAAAAACCAAAAAUGCUAUUGCAACAGAGAAGUCAGGAGCAUUGUGAAUGUCAAUCAUUCACUCUCUCCUAAAUGGUGACAGAUGAGGGCUUCCAUGUUGAAGAAUGCUUUUUCUUUUUCCUUUUCAGCCAAGCAAAUUUUCUUUCACUCACUUCCCUGUCAUACUGUUAGAUCAUGGCACUUACUCCAUACUUGAGGAGUAAAAGCUAAAGUGUUUUAUUACAGGGCAUACAAAAGGAAUUUAGAUUCCCUCCUUUAUACUUUGCACACUGUACUUUGCUGGUACUAUCAUGUUCUUUAUCUAGCACCUAUUAACUCCAGGAUUCACUUGUAUGUACUUGCUCUCCAUUUAAGUACUCCAUAUCCUGCCUGAAGAAGUCAGGAGGAUGGGAUUUUAAAGGGAGAAAAGCAGUUAGCUAUUUAACUCUUGUUAGCAGUUGCCAGGAGUCAAGUAAGCUGACGUGCUUUUGGGAUGGUCCUGUUAAUGAUCAAAUAAAAUGCAUGCUUGAAAGAUAGAAAAUGAUGAGGUCUUGUUUUCUGUUUCUUUCUGUUAGUGCUUUUGUACAGGAAUUGUAUAUAGUAUAUUAGGGAACAUGAUUAACAGCAGACUCAUUAAUUUCCUUAGCCUUUCCUCAGGUGAACUGGUAUAUUCUGUGAGGUACUUCAUUCUUGUAGAAUUUUGUUUCAUUUCUUCUCAUGAUUUUGGUAAAGAUUUAUGUUUUCUGGUUUUUGACAAAGAAGAUAGAUGCCAAACAUGGUGGCAAAUGCAGUUUAGCUGCAGCAAGGGCAGGCGAGGGAAGACAAUACAGAACCUGAAAGUCAUGAGAAGGCAGGCAAGAAAUGACUUUACCAGCAGGGGGUGCACCCCCACAGUACAGCAAUGAGGGGAGUAAGGCAGGGCUGGUGACAGUAGUUUGAGUCAACCAAGAGUGUAAAUUGUCAGGUAAGUCCACUGUGAGGAGGUAGGUCCAAGGUAAAACCCGCAGAAUGACAUUUGUAGAUGAAGGUCAGUAUCCAGAUCAAUGGGGUACAUGGCCAGCCAUAGGGAUGGCUGCUGUUGUAGCAUAGCUCAGAUGGAGAUGAGACAUGAGAACUGCAAAAAGCAGCUCCCAAGUGAAGAAGUGGGCACCUCCACCAAGGCUGCUACUAGCUUUUUCUCAACAUAGUCAUCUAGCUUCCUUUGCAGUCAAUUGAGAAAAAGACAGACCGGUGACGAAAAGCUGAGAACAGGUGCAAAGAAAGAACGAUGCCUUCAGGGGAAAAGCCUACUUCUGUGUACCCUUCUUCUCAGUACUCUCGUUGGCUUUACACUGCUUAUCACCUACAUCAUGAUGACUUGUGGCCUAGGAUCCUGUGAUGCUGAGCUGGAUCUUACACUGUUGGCCAGACUCCUGAAUUCUAGGAAUGACACUGUAGACCCCUGUGAGGAUUUCUACAAAUAUGCCUGUGGCAGCUGGGGAGGCCAACACUCAAGCAAAACCACAGAAGAAUCACUAAAUGUAUUUGAUAUGUUGUUCGAAGAAAACCAGUUGAUCCUGAAAAGGCUUUUAGAGGGUCCACAGUUUGCGAUAAGAGGCUCAGCUAAGGAGAAAGCAAUUCAGUUCUAUCACUCCUGCAUGGAUACCCAACAGAUAGAAUCCCAAGGAACUCAACCAUUGAAGAACCUCCUAAAUCAGUUUGGUGGAUGGAAUAUCACAGGUAUGGGGAAAGCAAAAGAUUUUAAUGAAACUCUUCAGACUCUCAUGGGCAGAUACAGCACUUUUCCCUUUUUCAGAGUCUAUGUGGGACCUAGUCCUUUUGACCUCAAGACGAGUAUUAUUCAGAUUGGCCAUCCUGAGUUUGAGAUACCACCUGAGAGUAAAUUCAAAGAGAAAAAUUAUCUUGAGGUUCUCCGUGUGUAUCUCUCAUAUUUGAAGAAACUGGGUGGCCUACUUGGAGGGCCACAGGAUGUUCCUCCUGAUUCCUUUUCCCUUACCUUGUCCUUCAUCUCUAACCUCCAGCGAGUUGUCACCCCGCUGCAGGAAAGACAGCAGAGGGGGAUGCUGUUCUUUCAAACUACCAUUAGGGAGCUGCAGGAAAAGGCACCUGCUAUUGACUGGCUGUCAUGUCUCCAGGCUGUCUUCCAUCCUAUGCCAAUGAACCUCUCUCAGCCAAUUGCAGUGCAUGAUAUGGAUUACUUAAAAGGCAUGUCACAGCUCAUUGAACAAUGGCAUGAGGAAAGGGUCCUUCACAUUUAUAUGAUUGUUUGUCUGGUUGGGAAUCUCUCCCCAGCCCUUGACAGUCGAUUCCAAGAUGCGCGCCUGGAGCUGUCUAAGAUUCUUUACGGAAAAAAGGGAUCCAGAAUGAUCCCAGCUGAGCGCUGGAGGAAGUGUUUGACUGAUACCAGCUCUUUCUUUGAACCAGUUCUAGGGCAGAUGAUUGUGCAAGAAAUUUUCCCUCAGCAGACCAAGAAACUUGCUGAGCAGAUGUUCUCUGAGAUCCGAGAUACACUCUACAGCCAACUGGAUCAGUUGGAGUGGAUGGAUGAACAGACUCACCAAGAGGCUAAAGUCUUGGUUUCUAAACUGCAAGCGAAGAUUGGCUAUCCAGCUCACAUACUCCAGACUUCCAAAUUGAACAUGGAAUACCAGAAUCUGGAGAUAAAUGAAGACACUUUUUUCCUCAAUGUGGUGGCUUGCUUGGAAAUACUGAGGGAAAAUUCCUAUUUGAAACUCCUUCAGCAUCACUCACAGGAGAACUGGCAUGUGUCCCCCUGGGCUGUGCAGUCAUACUACUCAAUAACACAGCACAUGGUGGUCUUUCCUGCUGGAAUGUUCCGCAGCCCUUUUUUCCACAUGAAGUUUCCCAGUGCUGUGAACUUUGGAGCCAUUGGGGUCUUCAUGGCCCAUGAACUUCUUCAUGCAUUCUAUGGUUAUGUGCAGCCGGGGGGCUGUCCAACAUGCAACAGGAGUGCACUACAGAAAUCUAUAGACUGCUUGGUUGAACAGUAUGAAAGCUAUGGCUUUAAGGUUAAUGGUACUUCUACACUAUUGGAGAAUACAGCUGACACUGGAGGGCUUGCCAUCGCUUACAAGGCCUAUAAGAAUUGGGUGAAAAAGCACAAAGAAGAGAAGGAUUUACCUGAGAUUGGACUUUCACAUGACCAGCUUUUCUACCUCAGUUUUGCUCAUGCAAUGUGUGGACAUGAGGAUCCUGAGAGACUACAGUCUUCCCAGAACACAGAUCUGCACAGUCCCUUGCCACUUCGUGUCUGGGGGCCUGUCAGCAAUAGCGAGGACUUUGCCAAGCACUUCCAGUGUUUCAGUGGAUCCCCAAUGAACUCAGACAACAAGUGCCACAUCUGGUAGCCUGGAGGGAAAAGGAGGACAAGAGAUAUGACCCCAGGAAGAGGAAGGCCUGAUCCAUGACAGUAUGACCAUCUUCUCAAGGUCCCUAGGCUCUUACUCACUCCUCUACAUUCCUCUUUUUGUUAUACUUUCCUCAGCAAUUGAUGGUAGCAAAAUUCUUAAACUGAGCUCAUAAGGGAAAGAGUCUCCUCCUGCUCCUCUCAGCACUAUGUCCCAGAUGCCACAACUCUGGGGUUUUACAAGUCUCAAGGUAUCAUGAUCACUAGCCAGUGUCUAGUAGGCAAGAACUUGUUGUAAAGAACUUGAGGAGUUGUAAACAUGAGCAUUACAUUAUUAGUUCCUGUAUUCAGUACAUUUCCCUUUCUAUCCAGCAGCCUCAGAGCCAUGUUAAAGGGACAGGGCAAUAAGCUGGAGCUUGAGGACUUGUACAUGUAAGAUUGGCUCUUAGGGAAAUCCUGUGGGUUACUGUGCAAAACAUUCAUGUAAGUUACCAGAGAGGGAAGAAUGCUCUUCUCUUCUUCUACCAAUAAAUGGGGAUAGAUAGUAGGAAAGACAGCAUGGCUGCAGCUUCUAGGCUGAAAUAAUAAUAAUGGUUACUAAAGGCCUUCCCUGUUCUUUUUUUGUUUCAUCAGCAAAACUCCUAAGAGACAAGAGGAAAGCAUCCCCAUUGGUGGGAGGGGGAUUGGGAACUGAGUACCAGUUAUCUUUCUUCUUUCUUUUCCAACAAGAUUCUCAUUUCUUAGUCUCAGUUUAGGGUUGAGGAUAUGGGUGAAGGUGGAGCAUGGGGCAGUCACAAGGAUUUGUAGAAUUCUGAGAAUUUCUCUGGAUCCUGAACCUGGUUCUCUCAUCCCUAUAUUUGUACAUUUGUAAAUAUUUACCGCCAAAACAGAGGAGUAGAGCUGCUGUAGGAUUUUACUUUCUAACUGAAAUUGAAAUUUAGGUAUUAUUUACUUUAGAGGAAAAACAGAAUAACAAGUAACAAGUAACAUAUUUUAGGGUAGCAGGAGAAGUGCUUAAAGCACAUUCUCAAGAGCAACCUAAUAAUUACAUCAGUUUCAGGAUCUGAUAAUUAGAAAACCUAUACCAAUGUUCUAAAAUUUGCCAAAGUUAAGUAGCAUACAAAGUACUCCUACCUGUUGUAUGGUCUUUGAACUGUUCUUGACUAUGGGAGAAUUUUUAUCUUACUUAUUAUAUUGGCUGUUUAGGUUUUUGAUUGUUUGUGGAGUAGGUGAUGACAAGUGGAAACAUACCAUACUUUCAAUGUAAGCAUUGUAAAAAUUGUGAAAAUCCCAAUACUUGUAUUAAUCCUUUCCAAGUACUGACCAAUGCAGCAAAAUAUGUUCCAGGGACAGACUGUUUAUGGAUUUUGUUUUCAUUAAUUAACCGAAAUACUAAUAAAGUGUUUGCUUCAGAGAAAAAA